AGCUUUUUUUUUUAUUCUCACACAGAUUUUCCGCUAAAGACAAACAGCAUUGGAUUUACAGUGCCUAUUUUAAUCAGACCCGGCUCUAAUCUGUCGCUUUAGACAUUCCCCGUCAUUUUAAAAUCGGACCUUUAUUUAUUUCCACGUUAUUGUGAGUCACUUUUUGGUUGGAUUUACAAAGGGCGUGUUUGGGCGAUCUGAUACCGGGAGUUUGAGGAAUGACAGCAACUGGAAAACGACUGUGAUCCGCCUGAAUGGAAAACAUGGAUAUUAAGGAGCUCGGGCACAAAUUCGACGAGAAGGUGACACUCACGGAGAAAUCUCUGCCACUGCAGACAGAUUCUCAGUCUAUCCAGAAUGGGGACAAAUCACUUGGGAAGGAUCUUCUUAGUCCAAACGACUCAGCCAUCACAGAUCUGUCUCUGAAAACAGACUCCAGUCCCAAAACAGACUCCCCCACCAAGACAGAUGCCUCCUUCAAGACAGACGCCAGGCCAUGCACCCCUGGCAGCAGCACCAGCCCUCAGCCCAAGAAGGAUGCAAUGAGCUCAGAGCAAAGACAGAAACUCGCCAAAGAACGACGGGAGGAAAGGGCCAGAUAUAUCGAACAGCAAACUCAGCUUCAAGCUGCAAAGAAGGCCCAGUGGCUGGAGAAGGAGGAGAAGGCCCGACGUCUGAGGGAGAGCCAACUGGAGGACCGCAGGAGGAAGCUGGAGGAACAGAGGCUGAAAGCUGAGAAACGCCGAGCGCUGCUGGAGGAGAAACAGAGACUGAAACUUGAAAAGAACAAGGAGAGAUAUGAGGCGGCCAUCAAAAGGUCGACAAAGAAGACGUGGGCUGAGAUCCGCCAGCAGAGGUGGUCCUGGGCGGGUGGACUCAACCAAACCUCCCGCAGGGAAACUGUUGUGUGUUGCGUUCUCUCCGGUGCAGGCAGAUGCUCGGCCUCCACGGUCAACUUGCCAAGACAGGUGGACCCUGUCAUUAACAACAGGCUGUCCAAGUCUGCUGCCACCCUCUGGAACUCCCCUAACAGAACCCACAGUCUGCGUCUGAGCCCAUGGGAAAGCAGGAUCGUGGAGCGGCUCAUGACACCUACGUUGUCCUUCCUGGCCCGCAGUCGUAGCGCCGUGACCCUCCUCAACAGCAGCGACUCUCACUCUCACCACUGCUUCCGUUCAGCCUCUGCCAGCCCGCUCAACGCUUGCUCUCAUCACCACCCUCACCAGAACGCCGCUGAACGCUGGAGAGUGUCCUCCGCCAGCACGCCCGACAUCACCCAGCGCCAGCACAGACGAAACUCCACGCCGGUUGGCAGAAAGAAGAAAGAGAAGAAAGACAAAGAGAGGGAGAAUGAAAAAGAGAAGAAUGCUCUCACAAAAGAGAAAGUGCAGAAUAAGAGACAGACCACUUCAUCCGCCAGUGUGUCCCAGAGAUCCCGACCAGAGACCAGCACCCCAAAACCCAAAAACAGACCUCCAUCACCUGCCGCCCCCAAAAGUCGACCACUGUCCCCCCUGGUGUCAGCAACGCCACAAUCCAAGACUCCCACAGGCAAGAAGACACCUCCUCCGUCUGCCAAGGCCCGGCCCAAACGUGCCCAGACUCCAGCCAGGGUACAGCCUCAGACGGUCAGCGUGGAAGCGAGCCAUGAGCCCCAGCAGCCUGACACCCCAGAGGAGAAAAAGAACUCCAGCAGUGUUCCUGCCAUUGUGGUGUCCUCUGCACCAGUCACGCCUCCUUCCCCGAGCCCACCGAUCGUAGCAGCAGCAGCGUCUCCCGCUGUGCCCAACGUGGAGCGGGCUGCUUCUCCUGCCACAGUCUCCCUGAGUAAUCCCACUCCUGCUGCCACACCACCCACUGCCAACGCCCCAGCUGCACCAGGCAGCAAGCCGUCAGCGGGCACCAAUGAUCCGGAGGAGGCCGCCCGUGUUCUGGCAGAGAAACGCAGACAAGCCCGAGAACAGCGAGAGAGAGAGGAGCAGGAGCGCCAGGAGCAGGAGCACAGGAACAGGAUCCUGCGGGAGGAGGCAAUGGCACGGGAGGCAGAGGAAAGGAAACACAGAGAGGAGGAGGCACGAUUCAUGGCUGAGCAGCAACGUCUGAGAGACGAAGCUCAGAAAAUUCAAGAGGAGAAGGAGGCGCAGGAGCGAGCCAAAGCUGAGCAGGAGGAGAACGAGAAGCUACAAAGACAGAGAGAGGAGGCUGAAGCCAAAGCCCGUGAAGAAGCUGAGCGUCAGCGCCAAGAGAGGGACAAACACUUCCAGAAAGAAGAGCAGGAGCGACUGGAGAGAAAGAGGCGCCUCGAGGAAAUCAUGAAGAGGACUCGGAAGAGUGAUGCAGCAGAAAAGAAAGAUGUCAAGGCCUCCUCGCAGGUCAACGGCAAGGAAACGGAGUUCAGCAAGGUACCUGGGAACUUGCAGAGCCUGAGCGGCGUGGCCCUCUGCCAGUCGCAAGGUGGUCCUGUUAUAAAUGGUGUCCAGUCGGACGCACUCCAGAAUGGUCUCUCAGCCAAUGGCGAGGGAGCUAACUUUGGGCAGAUGAUCCAGCUGGGCAGUAGCGGGAAGGCGGCGCAGCCACAGGGCGGUCCAAUCCUGGCCUUCGAAGGAGGCGAGCCCUUCCUAAUGAAAACGGGGCCGAUAAAGUCACAGCAUGUUGCAGAGGUCCUGUGAGUCCCCUACGGAGACACCACUCAAUGUCUCAGCUUGAUCUAUGAGUUCAUGUCACACCACAGCGGCUUUUUUUUUUUUUAACAGUGUGCCAAACAAAUAAGG